GUAGGGGCAGAACAGUUGGACGUUAAACGUCAUUUCAUUUCAUUUAUCAUGGCUUCAAUUAGAAUUAUGUUCAAUAGGCGACUCUACUCCUUGUCACAUACAGAUCGGAGAUGAACACUUGUCUUUAGUGACGGAUUGACAUAGCAGCAAUGGGCGAAAUGCUUGCAAGUUAUCAAUUCCGAUUAAGUGAUAUUAUCACGAUUUAUAAUACUAUACUGUCUUGUACUACACUGCCUUGUUCUAUCACUAUCUAUAAUACUAUCCUGUUUUUAACUGUUAUGGUCAACUGACAGAUUAACGUAAGGAAUUUUAGCCAAAUCAUCGUCAGACUUCUAUAUCUAUAGUGUACAAAUGAGUGUAAUAUUUUGUAGUAAGUUUGUAGGCCUACUUACCAAAAUGCUUGAAAUUAGGUGGUGUAUACUACUGUAGCUGAUUGCAAACUAUGGUUACAUUUAGUAAGCAGAUACAGCCACAACUCUAUACUACUCUGUUACAAUAGUAAUAAAUUCAGAAUUCUAAUAAUAUAAUGACGUCGUAUAUCAAUACCACACUGGAACUCAAGGACAUGAGCACGACUGGUGUACCGGAAGUUCCCAGACAACGUUUCGUCAACAGAGUUACUGCAUCUUAUAUCGGAAUAAUUUUGAGCAUUGGGUUAAUUGGAAACGCAGUUGUGGUAUAUAUAUACGGAUUUCGCUUUAAACCAUCCGCCUUCAAUAUCAUUAUCCUAUUCCUCGGGGUUAUAAAUCUAAUAUUCUGUGUUUUUGAUAUGCCUUUAGAAAUAAGUAAUAUGACGUAUCCAGUCGAGUUCAGGGGAUGUUGGAUUAUCUUUACACUGGCUACGUUUACAGCAUGGGCGACGGGGAUGGCUUUGCUAGCUAUAGCAGCACUCAGAUAUCGAGCCGUGUGCCAACCACUAAAACCAUCCAUCAGUGUGUUUCGUGCUCGGGUUUUGGUAACUGUGAUUUUCUUCACAUCAAUUCUGACUUCGGCUCCUACGGGUAUAGUUGUGGUGAACUCCCAUGAAAAUCUCGAAGGUAAUUUGUAUGUAGUGAACUGCGAUAAUGAUAAGGAUUCUGAAGAAACAGUUUACCCAAUGCUGUACCUCGGAUUUGAGUUCUGUGUUUUCGCUGUUGCUUUUAUAAGCAUCAUCGUGUUGUACAGUUUCAUAGGUAAAUUGCUAUGGAAACGGAAUAAAUAUGGUCCAUCGGCUAUGAACAAACAUGUAUCACGUAACAGAUUUGAAAGUGAAGAUUCGACUCUGUCAACUAGUACUAGUACAAUUACAAGUGAAAUUUAUAUAUUGACAGUUGAAAUGAACAGCAUUUCAUCGUCAUCAAGUAAAACUUUAAAAAACGAUACGAUUGACAAUGCCAACCAGCAACCAGUUUACAAAAGUGAAUCAUCUUAUUGUCCAGUGUAUACGACAGUAACUGCAAAUACACCCAGCGGUAAGGUGCAACCACGUGCGACAAAGGAACGAAAUAUCAGUGCCAUUUCUCAACUAGACAAUAAAGCGUUUAAUAAAUUAACACCAAUCAAAAUGUUAAUUAUUAUGACGCUUAUAUUCUUUUUAUGUUAUGUUCCACAUUUAUGUUUGAUGAUUUAUAUUCAAGCCGGAUUUCAACUGAGACCGUCUCGUGUUUCAGAGAGUAUAAUAGGUACAGUGAUCCGAUCGAAUUUAUUAAGUAGUGCCGCUAACCCUAUUUUAUAUGGCUGCUACAACCGAAAAUUCAGAGAUGAGGUCAAGUCGAUUUUCAAAAAUGUUACACAGCGUUUAGGCCAUAUAAGGAAACCUCGCCACGCGAAAAUGAACAAUUACAAUUAGCGUAUAUAAGAUAUAUUACGUGUAUGUAUUUUGUUAAAAUAACGCAAAAUAAAAAAAUAUAUAUUGUCA